AUGGCAUCCACAGCGUGACCGCGCAGUGCGUCCUGCGGGUCAUCAUCAUCACGGAGGAGAUGCUGGCCAACAGCAUCACGGUGCGGCUGGAGAACAUGUGGCAGGAGCGCUUCCUCUCGCCUCUGCUGGCCACCUUCCUGGAGGGGGUGGCCACCGUGCUCGCGACGCCCAAGGAGGACGUCUUCAUCUUCAACAUCCAGAACGACACGGACGUGGGGGGCACGGUGCUCAACGUGAGCUUCUCGGCGCUGGCGCCGCGCGGCGGGCACUACUUCAGCUCGGAGGAGCUGCAGGAGCAGCUGUACAUGAAGCGCAUGGCGCUGACGGGCGCCGCCAUGCUGGAGGUGCUGCCCUUCGACGACAACGUGUGCCUGCGCGAGCCCUGCGAGAACUACCUGCGCUGCGUCUCCGUGCUGCAGUUCGACAGCUCCGCGCCCUUCCUCGCCUCCGACACCAUCCUCUUCCGGCCCAUCCACCCCGUGACCGGGCUGCGCUGCCGCUGCCCGCCCGGCUUCACCGGCGACUACUGCGAGACCGAGAUCGACCUCUGCUACUCCAGCCCCUGCGGCGCCAACGGGCGCUGCCGCAGCCGCGAGGGCGGCUACACCUGCGAGUGCCACGAGGACUUCACGGGCGAGUCCACCACCACCGUGUCCCCCUACGUGCCCGGCGGCGUGAGCGACGGCCAGUGGCACCGGGUGCAGCUGCACUACUACAACAAGCCCGUGCUGGGGAAGUCGGGGCUGCCGCAGGGCCCCUCGGAGCAGAAGGUGGCCGUGGUGACGGUGGACGACUGCGACACGGGCAUGGCCCUCAAGUUUGGCGCCACGCUGGGCAACUACUCGUGCGCCGCGCAGGGCACCCAGUCGGGCACCAAGAAGUGA